UGCUGGAGCCUGACGCCGCCCGGGAUUCGCGUCCUCUCCGCCUUUCAGAGGGGCGCCGCCGCCGGACCACCAUGGACGAUACCCUGUUCCAGCUAAAGUUCACAGCAAAGCAGCUGGAGAAGCUGGCCAAGAAGGCGGAGAAGGACUCCAAGGCAGAGCAGGCCAAAGUGAAGAAGGCACUUCAGCAGAAAAAUGUGGAGUGUGCCCGUGUAUAUGCGGAGAACGCCAUCCGCAAGAAGAACGAAGGCGUGAACUGGCUCCGCAUGGCAUCCCGCGUGGACGCAGUGGCCUCCAAGGUCCAGACAGCCGUGACCAUGAAGGGGGUGACCAAGAACAUGGCACAGGUGACCAAAGCCCUGGACAAGGCCUUGAGUACCAUGGACUUGCAGAAGGUGUCUGCGGUGAUGGACAGGUUCGAGCAGCAGGUGCAGAACCUGGAUGUGCACACGUCGGUGAUGGAGGACUCCAUGAGCUCGGCCACCACGCUGACCACGCCUCAGGAGCAGGUGGACAGCCUCAUCGUGCAGAUUGCCGAGGAGAAUGGCCUGGAGGUCCUGGACCAGCUCAGCCAGCUGCCCGAGGGUGCCUCUGCCGUGGGCGAGAGCUCUGUGCGCAGCCAGGAGGACCAGCUGUCACGGAGGUUGGCUGCCUUGAGGAACUAGCUGUGCCCCCACCUCUUCUGCCCUGUGUGUGCUGGGGCUCCCACCUCCCCAACUUGCCUUUCUGCUGACCCUGCAGAGCUGCAGCUGGCAGCCGCCAUCUCUUGGCUCCUCUCACCUGCCAGGCCUGGUGGCUUCAGAAUUGUUCCUGUUCUUUCAG